UACGUAAACUGUUCGAAUAAAAACAUCGUAUUCACUAUAAAUAUUUUAGUUUAUAUAUUAAUUUAUAAAUACAAAUAUGACUGAAAUUAAUGAAUUGGAACAGGCCUUAGUGAUGGUAGCUGCUGAUGCGGAUUCACGAAAUUAUCAAGAAAUAAAUAAUUACCAAACUUCUGAAAAUGAUAAAGAAGUGUGUAAGGAACCAGAAUUUUACAAAAAUGAGGAAGUGGAGGGUGAAUCUUCAAAAUCAGUUGAUAAAGAAACCACUCCAAUUAAGACCCUUAAGAGGAAACUGGAAGAUGAAGAAAUUAUCAAGCCUAAACUGCAUAAAGGUUAUGCAGACGUUGUAGCAAAUCAUUACAAUCAGCUGGAAGAAAAGGGAAUACAAGAAAGGUUAAAGUCUCGUAUUGUCUACUUGAGAAAUUUCCAUAAUUGGAUAAAAAGUAUGCUUAUUAAUGAAUAUUUAACGAAAAUUAAGGAUACCAAGAAACACAAUGCACCUAUCAGAGUACACGAUAUGUGUUGUGGUAAAGGAGGAGACUUACUAAAAUGGAAAAAAGGGAGUAUAACUCAUCUUAUUUGCAGUGAUAUAGCCGAUGUGUCACUUGAGCAGUGUAAAGCUAGAUACACUGAUAUGAAAAGUCGUUUCAGUUGGGAGAGGGGUCCAAGUAUUUAUUCUAUUGAAUAUAUAGCUGGUGAUAGUACUAGAAUGAGACUACGUGAAAAGUAUUCAGAUCCAUCAACAAAAGUUGAUUUAGUUAGCUGCCAGUUCGCUUUCCAUUACAGUUUUGAAAGCCUUCCCCAAGCAGAGUGCAUGUUGCGGAAUGCAGCAGAAUGUCUUAACCCAGGCGGAUAUUUCAUAGCCACAAUACCUGAUGCUAAUGAAAUUGUUGCUAGGGCCAAGAGGGCCCAAAGCAAUACUUUUGGAAACAAUGUUUACGAAGUUUCAAUUGAUUUUGACAUUAACAAGCCUCCUUUAUUUGGUGCUAAAUACAAUUUCCAACUUGACGGUGUUGUAAAUUGUCCAGAAUUUUUAGUUCAUUUUCCUACCCUAGUUAAACUAGCAAAAAGGUUUGGUUUAAAACUAGUGAAAGCUGAAAAAUUUCAUGAUUAUUUCCAAAGAUGGAAAGAUGAAGGAAGACAUUUGUUAAGUAAUAUGAGAAGUUUACAAAGUUAUCCAUGUACAGAUAACUCAAAUUUGGUUGGAACAGAUCCUUUAGAUUAUCAACAUGCCGAGGAAUAUAUUAAACAAUAUAAAAGAGAUGACAUAAGAAUUGGAACCUUAUCUAAAUCAGAAUGGGAAGUUACAUCUCUUUACAUUACAAUGGCAUUUGAAAAAGUGAAAAAUACUUGGAAUAAAGAUGGUACUCCUGUUUACAACAUAUGAUAGAUUAUAUACUAUUUUAUAAUUUGAGUUAUCAUUUGUUGGUUUAUAGACUUUGAAAUAAAAUAUAUGCAUAUAUAAAAAAGUAAAAUAAA